CGGGGAUGCCCCCUUGGGCUCUCCAUUUGCGGCCCAACAGGGACGGCUUCAAAUCGCCGCCCCCUCCCUCCACUCCAGGACCCAAGAUUCCAAAGAUGUCAGGAAACUCCUCAGUUCGAGAUGCCAUUGAGCUCACGAGAAACGGAGUGCAUUCCCCCAGUGACAAUGUCAAAAUCUCCAUCAUCAGAGACUCUUGUUCCCUGGCUUCAUUUCAGGACAGUGGCUAUAGUGAAUCGCUAAAAACUUCCAGCUUUGAUUGUACAGAUGUUGAGUUUAUAGAAAAUACUACAGGAGGCCUAUCACUGCUGCCUAAGUACCACAAAAAUUCAGGUCUAGAUGUAACACAUCCAGGGGACCCUCCCAGUGAAUGCGAUAAAAACCGCAUCAUCUCAUCAAAUAGGAAAGUAGGACCGGUCACAGAAUUUUGUGAAACACCUAAGGGUGCUAGAAAAAAUAUCUCGUUGCGAAGAAGAUUAUUUAUACCGAAAACAGCUUCAAGUGGCAAUCUCGGGCAUUUUGAUGUCCAAAAGAGCUCUUUGGAAGAUAGUAUAAAAAAACAGUCAAUACGCCAAGUUCUCAGUUUUGAAGAAAAUAUACUGAGGAAUGUUUCCGAUUCCCCGGGAGCCAAAAGUUUUACUCCCCUUGCAACUAGCACUUUAAAAACAGAAGAAGCCAUUUCCAACUGUCAAAAAUUAAGAUAUACCUUUUCGCAGCAGAAAACCUCAACAGUAGAUGAUUCCAAAAGUGACAGUAAUCUGUUUGAAACUGAAUGCAUAUCCCCGAUUUCACGAAAUACUUGCCAAGGGUCGAUGCCCGAUGACACUCAUGAGUUUGGUGACGGCACUGUCGACUUUAAUGAUGAGAAUGUAAAUCCUGAGCACUUGACUACGCCUGCCUAUGGAACACAGUCUAAAACAAACCGGGAUACAUUUGUGACGCCCAUCACUCAACUUGUAGCGAACCUGAAGCUGCAUUUAUGUAACCCGAAAUCUCCUGCCGUAGCAAUUGCUACACCUGAAGAAAGUGACUUCCAUUCACUGGGUUCAGAUAAAUCACAAGAUUCCUUCUCUGGCCAUGAGAGUUCUCAAGAACUUCAGAAACAUAAAGGAACCCCCAAAGUUCUGGAAACUAAAAGAAAGCAAAGGAACCUAGUAAGAGUUCCGCGGUUGUCCACCCUCAGGGAGCGAGGUUCACAGUCAGAGACAGAAGAAGACAACAGAACUCUAAUUAGUUUAGGCGCUACAGUCAAAUCUUCAGGAGCGUCUGUUAUCCCAGAUAGCGAACUGGUGCUAAAAGAGAAUAAUGGAGAUUUAUUUUUAUGCCUUAAGGAUUUAUCCAAGACACCUGCUUUACAAUUCGUCCACCAGCUAUUCAUGAAAACCAAAAGGAGAAGAUCCCAGCAAAAUAGUGCCCUGGGCUUCUUGGAGGAUACUGUUGAAGGAGAAAUACCUGAUGUGGGAUAUAUACUGGCAGGACUUAUUGGAAAGAAAAUGGGCUUAGAAAAAUUAGACAUCUUAACAGAGUUGAAAUUCAGAAAUUUAAAGCAUAUUCUUGCUGUUGUUUUAGAUGCCCUGACUGUAGAAAGCCUAUGCAGCGUCUGGAGAGUAAGCAGAAAUUGGCGUGAGAUUGUUAUACAAGAUAAAAAAGCAAAUUGGAGAAGGAAAUAUUAUAUAACACAUCUGAAAUGGAAAACAGAUGCUGGGUGUCACAGACCGCGCGUUGAAGAUGCGACCACAAGGCUUGCUGCUUUAAAUCGAUCCGCUCUAAGACCUGUCCAGAUUCAAGCUAGAACACCGUUCACUUGCCAAGAGAUUCCACCGGUGACUGGGCAGGUGAAUUUAACGUCCUCGGGGGGCAGCUCGACGCCUCAGAUGACGAGCAGGCAAGAAGAAUACGUUAAAGUUGCCAGGACGCUUUUAAACGACGAAGCUUUAAAACCCUGCCCAAGGUGUCAGUGCCCGGCAAAGUAUCAGCCAGUUAAUAAAAGGGGACUGUGUAGCCGAGAAGCCUGUGCUUUUGACUUUUGUGUUUUAUGUUUACGCACUUAUCACGGGUCAGAGGACUGCCGGGGCCGAUCUGGGAGGCGAAGAAAUAAAAAGGACGUGCUCCCUGGAAGUGACCAGAGCAGGCACAACUUAAAACGACUCUAAAAGCACCCCUCCCCAUCACCCACCUCUUUGCUGCCUUAUUUUGUCUUUUACUUCAGACUAUUUCGGAAGAAUGAGUCAAAAAACGUUCCACUCCUCGCAGCUCACGAUCGGCGUCACCUACAGUUGAUCGUUCCCUUCGCUGUGUGUUCUGGAUGUGUUUCUGAAAGCUGUGAAAAUUUAUAUCUGUUUUCCUGUGUGUCACUUUCA